CUGAACGUCUUCGUCACAACAGGCGAGACACCUUGACUAUGGCCGAAGAGACUUGCAGCACCACUCUCGCAAAACGUUCAUUCCCUCCCCUGUACGUCUCGUCGGGGGACGUUGCACAAGACAAACUGGCCUUCUUCCAUAUCCUCGAAAGACUCAAGACCCAGAAGAGAACCGGCUGGGUUGACCACAAAGUCCCUGGUUCUGAGAGUAUAUCGGACCACAUGUACCGCAUGGCCAUCCUUGCCAUGUGUACUUCCGACCCGACACUGGACGUCUCCAAAUGCGUCAUGAUGGCUUUGGUACAUGAUCUCGCUGAGGCGCAGGUUGGAGACAUUGCGCCUCGAGAAGGUAUCCCGAAAGCGGAGAAACGUCGACUAGAGGCGGAAGCAAUGCACAACUUCGUCCACGAGAUGCUGCAUGACAGCCCACCUGCUCAACGAUUCAUGGACCUGUGGAAUGAAUAUGAGGCGGGCGAGAGCAACGAGGCGAAGUUUGUCAAGGACCUCGACCGAUUUGAGAUGGCCUCACAAGCCUUUGAAUACGAGAAGAAUCAUGGGAUGCAGACUCUCCAGCCCUUCUUCGACAGCAGCCUACCCUUCCUCAGGCAUCCAGAGGUGCAAGAAUGGGGACAAGCCCUUUCGGCGGAGAGGGAAAGGGAGAAGGGGACUCGGGAAGGACAGCCAGAGUCCACUUGACUCCAGUGCCCGCAGGAACUGCUGAGGACAAGCAGUCAAUUGCUCUCUACAAGUCCACGGCCACGUGGAACAGCUAGCUGACCCAUAUCAUCUGUCUACAAAGAAUCAAUCCAACUGCACACCCGCUUGAACACCUCCGUUCUCUCGGGCUCGUGCCAGUUGAAGAUGAGAAAAUCAUGCACAGCGUCUGGAGAGAAGUCUUCGUGAACAACCACCGAAUCCGCUUUCAUCCUCUCCACCAACGCCUUCGAGUCGUCCAAGAAUCUCUCCGCGCCACCCGUGGUGACGUACGUUUCCGGAAAGCCCUUAAACAGCGUCGAGCCCUCCGGGGGCUGAGCACCCACCGCAGCAGGAGAGAAGUAGCGAUUGGUCUUGACAACAUCCAGGUCCAGCGAACCCCGCAGGGACGUGAUGGCAUAUUGAGCAAAGAACUCCCCCUUAGGAAGCCUCCUUGAGAAGAUGUCCGAGAGCGCAUUCUGUACACGAGACGACUCGGGCCCAUCUCUGGAUCCCAUCAAGUCAAGCCAUGCAGACGAGAGGAAUAGGGCGCGCGGAGGCGGUAGAGAGGAGAGGUCGUUCUCGAUGAGAUGCCGCACGAGCGCGAGCGCGAUGUUGCCUCCGGCCGAGUCGCCCGCGAAUACGACAUUCUUCGGCUCAAACCCACAAUUCUGCACAAGGUAGCGAUACGCGGCGAGCGAGUCCAACACCGCGGCGGGGAAGGGGUUGGCAGGGGGGUUAGGUGCCGACGCCGUCAGGCGGAAGUCGACUGAGAACGUCCGUUGCAAUGUGCCUGAGCACUCCAGCAGGCCCCUGCUGAUGUUGGCCGUCAUAUCGGAUGGAUGUGCAGUCCCUAUACAAAACGCGCCGCCAUGCAUAUGCAGGACGACCUUCUCGCCCGGUUGUGCGUUUGGUCCGUUCCACGCCGAGCCCCUCCUGAGGAACCAGUACCCAGCGAUCUUCGCUGGCUUAACCCCAGUUAUGUCUGCGAAUCGACGAAUCUCGCCACAGAACAACGGCGAGUCGUCCGGAAUAGGCUCAAGCCAGACGAAUUUGGCGUUUGUCAAGGAGCUAUCCAGGACUUCUUGCAAAGGAUCGCGAUGGCUGAGCUGAAGAUGAAUCUUGACCGUGAAGAGCUCCUGCAGCUCCUGAAAGCUUCGAAUGAUCAAGGAACGCUUGAUUGUCCAUGUAGGGCGAGGUCGACGAGAAGGAGAGAUGUAUGAAAGGAACCAAGCGGGGAUUUUGACGAGGAUGAAGGUGCCAAAGGAGUACACAAGGUAGGCUGCCCUGAAAGGUUGGUAUUCAAGCAGUUUAGCCAUCGUCACCUGCGCGCCAGAACCCAAUCGAACACUGAGAGUGGUUCGAGCUCAAGUUGAAUGCAGACACGAAAUAUGACGUUAAGUGAUCUCCCACCCACUUGU